AUGCGUCUGCUGCUUGGCCUUUUGUGUGUAGUUCUCGCCGUUUUUUUGAACUGCGACGCUGCUUCAGUUGACACGAAUAAUGGGCUGGAACGCAGAGCACCCAACAAGCUGAUAUUUCGCAGUCUUGCUGCCGGCGACGACCUCAAACGUGACAAGUCUCUCAGCAUCGCGAAUUUAAAAACGACGGAAGAGCGGAGUGUCGGUCUAAGAUUUUCUGCGAUAACAGAAAAACUGAAACGGUUGUACCGCAAUUGGGAAAUGUCAAAACUGGAACCCCGAUUUAACGACCUGGUCAAGGAGAGAAAAACUUACUCGGCCGUCUUGGAUGACACCGCCGUAAGAAUGCAAAACAGUGGCCGGUGGGGUACGCCUUCGGGAUUUAAGAGGUUUGCUGAGUUCUAUAAAUCCUGGCUGAUCAAGAAUAAUCACGCAGAUCUUGCAGUUUGA